AAUAGUAAUGCAUCUUCAACAGACUUGUCGAUGACCUCGUCUUCUCCUGCCGUGGCGAAGCCUCGUUUCAGAAUGCUUCAAGACGGCAAUCACGAGCACAGCUUGCGUUCAGCAAAGAGACAGGAGAAGUUGUCCAACAUGUUGAAGGAUUUGCUUGGAGCCAAAAAGCUACGUGAUGAAGCCAAAAGUGCAGUGCCUAACAUCUUACAAGGCGCUGGUGCUGCUCCAUCGCCUGUUCCAGGUAAAGAGAAGCCACCUACGUUGUUUGCAGGACUUGUAACUCACAUAAAGAACAAUACUUCUCCCUACCACACAAGUGCUGGAGAGAUAGUUGGUGAGGUAGUUCAACAGAAUGGCUACUCUCCUAAUUUGGGAGAUUGCCGUUCCUUUGUCGAGAAAUAUGGUCGUUGUCAGGAAGUUGUAGGUAGAGGAGCAUUUGGUGUCGUGAGAAUCUCACACAAGAAGCUCAAUGGAACUGAAACCAACGGUGGUGGGGACGGCGAGAUGUUGUAUGCCGUCAAGGAAUUCAAACGAAGACCAAAUGAGUCCGAAAAGAAGUAUAACCGAAGAUUGACGUCUGAAUUCUGUAUUUCCUCUUCUUUAAAGCAUCUCAACAUCAUCGACACGUUAGAUUUGUUGAAGGAUGCAAAGGGAGACUAUUGUGAAGUGAUGGAGUUCUGCUCGGGUGGAGAUUUGUACACUUUGAUCAUCGCGGCUGGUAAGUUAGAGUAUGCCGAAGCCGACUGUUUCUUCAAGCAGAUAAUCCGUGGUGUCAACUACAUGCACGACAUGGGUGUUUGUCACCGAGACUUGAAACCCGAAAAUUUGUUAUUGACCCAAAACGGAGUGAUUAAGAUCACUGACUUUGGUAAUGGUGAGUGUUUCCGUGUAGCUUGGGAAAAUGAGAUCCAGCUCAGCGAAGGAAUAUGCGGUUCCUCACCAUACAUUGCCCCAGAAGAGUUCACUCAGGAAUCGUUUGACCCCAGAUGCGUGGAUAUCUGGGCAUGUGGUGUCAUCUACAUGGCAAUGAGAACCGGUCGUCAAUUGUGGAAGUUGGCUGAUCCAGACAAGGAUGAGUUCUUCGAAGAGUAUUUGGUUAAAAGAAAAGAGUCUUCAGGCUAUGAGCCUAUCGAAAGCUUGAAGAGAGCCAGAUGCCGUAACGUGAUCUACUCGAUCUUGGAUCCUAAGCCAGAAAGAAGAAUCACCGGUAAACAGAUCUUGAACAGUGAAUGGGGUAGAGAGAUCAAAGUGUGUGCUGCUGGGGAGGGCCAUUCAAGUUAAGAAUGGGGCCCAGCGGAUAAAGAGCCAUUUAAAUGUACUAUAGGUGUAGUUUUACGUUCAAAGAAUUAUGCCUGUAUAUUUAUUUAUUAUUAAUAUUUAUUGUAAAGCUUAUUGGAAACAUAAGUUAAUGCUUUGUACUUAUA